CUCAUUGAAAAAUACCUGCUCCAGAGAGCCAUUAGCUGUUACCAGGCCGGAAGAUUAAUUUAAUUUACAGUGGAUCGGCGAAGACUUGACCACAUCUCACAGAUCUGGCCAGCAAGUUUGGCAGAUGAUUAAUUUGUUGUCUUAGGGCUAGCCAUCUCCCCCUUUAAGAAUGCCAUGUUCCACAAGUCGAUGCACAACAACCCCAUCAAGCACUAGCAUCACCCACAAGAAACACACAAUCUUGAGAGGUACCAGGCUGCAGCCAUGGCGGACCUGGUUGUUGGGUUGGCCAAGUCGGUGGUGGAGGGCGCACUGACCAAGGCCCAGUCGGCCAUCGAGGAGGAGGCCAAGCUCCGGGAGAGCGCGCAGCGCGACCUCGUGUUCAUCACAGGCGAGUUUGAGAUGAUGCACUCAUUCCUGAACGUCGCUACGACGGAGCGUGUGGAGAACAAGGUGGUGAUGACCUGGGUGCGGCAGGUCCGCGAGCUGGCCUACGAUGUGGAGGACUGCAUCGAGUUCGUCGUCCACCUUGACACCAAGGCCGGGUGGUGGUGGCGCAUGGUCCCAUCUUGGUGCAUAGGGCUGCCACCGUCUCAACUGUCGCUUGACGAGGCCGUCAGCGAAAUCGGGCAGCUCAAGGCGAGGGUGGAGGAUGUGAGUACCAGGAACUCGCGCUACAACCUCAUCAGCGACUCUGGCUCCAAGGCAGCCGCCACGCAGCACCAGAUGGCUACGCCAGGCGCCUCCCUUGGUUCGUCAGCAUUCAACAUGCUCGUCGAGGCAAGGGACGCCGCGAGGAGGCAGCAAGGCUUGGGGGAUCUCACCCAGUUGAUCACCAACAAAGGCAGCAAUGACAUUCCCCUUCAGGUUAUCUCGGUUUGGGGAACAGGUGGGGAUCUUGGGACGACUUCCAUCAUCAGGAAGGCGUACAAUGAUCCAGAAAUCAGAAAGAACUUCGCAUGUCGCGCCUGGGUGAAGCUCAUGCAUCCUUUCAACCCCAAUGAGCUUGUGCGGCGUUUCAUGGCUCAGGUCUACGCCGCAGACACUCAUGAUAAACACGGAGCAGAUCUGGGUGUACAUGUCUUGACAAAGAUGAAGGCCAAACAAGAGCAACUCCUGAAGGAGUUUGUGCACGAAGUCAACACCAAGACUUACCUUGUUGUCUUGGAGAACCUGACUGACAUGGUGGAUUGGGAUGCCGUGAGGACAUUCCUUCCAGACAUGAAGAAAGGCAGUUGGAUCGUCGUGUCCACACAGCAAUUUGAGAUUGCAAGCUUGUGCAUUGGACAUGCUUACCAACCAGUGGAGCUCAAGCAGUUCUCACCUGAGCACUCAGUUUGUGCUUUCUUCAAAGAGGGUUCUCAGGACAAUGGAGACAAAGAAGAGAAACCAAUGGUGCAUGAAGUUGGCCCAAAUUCCUCCUUGGAAAAACUUCGAUCCUCCGACAUGACAGCGGUCACUGAGUGGAUGGGUAACUUUCCCCUUGUUGGACGCGAGUCACAAAUGAGUGAACUUCGCAAUCAUACAGCUAAGGCAUGUUUCAGCGAUUCCCCAAUUAUAUCUGUUUGGGGGAUAGCUGGCAUUGGGAAAUCUGCACUUGUUAGAAACUUGUACUAUGACAGAAUGCUUCAGACCAACCAGUUUACCAAGUAUAGUUGGGUGGACAUAUCACAUCCAUUCAAUUUAAGGGAUUUUUCACGAAGCCUUCUUUCGGACCAUCAUUCAGACAAAGACCCCAUUAAAGAGUGCCGCGACCUUCUAAGAAAACAUAAGUGUCUCAUUGUUAUUGAUGAUCUCCAGUCCAAAGAAGAAUGGGACUUAAUAAAGGCUGCAUUGGUAUCUAGGCCUUCUUCGAGUGUUAUCAUUGCCAUUACAACUGAAGCCAGCCUUGCCACAUAUUGCGCAAAUAACGAAGAGCAAGUCUUUAAUGUCAAAUGUCUAGAAGCUGCUGCUGCCAUGGAGCUCUUCAGAAACGAGGUAUACAGGAAGAAUCAGUCAUGCCCUUUAAAAAGUCACAAGAAUGUGGAACUCGAAGAACUUAUUUCGAAGUGUGGAGGUCUUCCCAAAGUGAUAGUUUCUAUAGCUGCUUUAUUGGCCACGCAGACAGUAACAUUGAUGGAUACGGUGCAUUCACUGAAUCACAAAUUUAUGCACCGCCUAGAGACCAAUCUGGAGUAUGAUGGUCUGCGGGGCCUAUUUGAAUGGAUGCGUUCCUAUUUCCGUACUUGCCCGGAUUCACUCAAGCCAUGUAUCUUUUACCUAUCAAUUUUCCCUCGAGGUCAAAUCAUUCGAAGAAGGCGACUAGUAAGGAGGUGGAUUGCAGAAGGCUACUCCAGGGACAGCGACGAAGAAUCUGCGGUGGAGAAAGGGGAGAAAUUCUUCUCCAAGCUCCUUGAUCUGAGCAUAAUCCAGCAGAUACCACAGUUAGUCACCACUGCAUUCGAUGACGCAAGGAUGGUCUCAUGCCAGGUCAAUGGCUUCAUCCGUGAGUAUAUAGUCUCGCGAAGAAUGGAAGAGAACCUUGUCUUUGAACUUGGGGCCAAUUGUGUUCUGACAACCCAACGCACAGGGCGACACCUUAUCAUAUUGGAGAGUUGGGACAGAGACAUAAUUGUAUUUGAGAGCAUUGACUUCUCGCGGCUACGGUCGCUCACAGUGUUUGGAAAGUGGGAACCAUUCUUCAUCUCCAAAAGUAUGAGGUUGCUUCGUGUUCUUGAUCUGGAGGAUGCAUCGGGUUUAAAGGAUGAAGAUCUAAUUGAGAUGGUGAAGCGGCUACGUCGCCUCAAGUUUCUCUCCCUACGAGGAUGUAGAGAGAUUUUCCAUCUGCCAAGUUCACUGGGUGAUCUUAGGCAGCUCCAGACUCUGGAUGUGAGACACACCUCCAUAGUCAGACUGCCAAAGAACGUCGUGAAGUUAGAGAAGUUGCAGUAUAUCCGAGCUGGCACCACCGUCUCAGCAUUGACACCACCUGCCCCAUCCAGCAGCUUGCUAAAGUUCCGCAGACGUCGUGGCCUUCUUGGUGUUCAGGUGCCUAAAGGGAUUGGAAAACUGACAGCACUGCACACUCUAGGUGUUGUCAAUGUCAGUGCUUCUGGGGGAAAAGCCAUUGUGGAAGAGCUCAAGAAACUCACCCAAUUGCGCAAGCUUGGUGUGUCUGGUAUCAAUAGGCAGAACAGCAAGGACUUCUUCUCUGCAAUCUCAGGUCAUGUGCAUUUGGAAUCCUUGUUAGUGCAGUUUGCCAAGGACAAUCAAGGCUCCCUGGAUGGCAUCCCCCUGCCUUGCAAAAACCUACAGAGUCUUAAACUGUAUGGUCUUCAAGAAAAGUUACCUCUACCAUGGAACCAACUUAGCAAGCUCAGGAAGUUGGAUGUGGAGAUGACCACUUUGGAGAAAACUGACAUUGAGUUCCUUGCCAAGCUACCCAACCUGUGCAUUCUACGUCUUCUUGUGAAGCAGCCUCAGGAUGGCAAGCUCCAUUUUUACGCAGAGAUGUAUGCAGAGCAGUUGGCCACCUUCGAAAAGGUGAAGAUCCUUGAGAUUGGUUGCAGCUCCAGCGAGUUGCAUGUAAUCUUUGGAUCAAAAUCGAUGAAGAAUCUUGAGCUGCUCAAGAUUGACUGUUCCAGUGCAACAUAUAAGCUUACCGGCCUGAAUUAUCAAACUGAACUCAAGGAAGUCUUGCUCAAGGGUACCAAUGAUGAAGCAUUCCGGACACAGUUUGCUAGCCAGCUUGCCAGUCAUCCAAAUAAGCCUGCCGUGAAGCUGGAGAAACUACCGGCAUCAACAUGAAGAGUUCCUUUUUUUUUCAGCUAUCACUAAUUAGCUGGAUAUCCAGCCUUCGCAAACCGUCGCUUUUUUGUAUAUUGGUUUUCCACAUUGCUUGUGUGUUUAUUGGCAAUAAACAAGUUUUGUAAAAAUACACUACCUAUGUGCACUCUUUACGGGCAGUUGGAUUUUUUGCUUGUCAUUA